UGACGUCAGACGCCUAAAGGGGCGGAGCGCCGAAGGGAAGGAGGAGGGAAGUAGGCCUUCAACAUGGCGGCUGUGGUACUGGCGGUGGCUACGGUGACGGUCUGGGUCGGGGCGGGUAGAGUUGGAAGAGGUGCUGUUCGCUCUCCCUAGGGGCAUCGGGAGCCCAGCGGAGACUGAGCCCGGGAGGCCGGGCGGCGCCAGUACCUUUCAGCUUUCGGGACAGCAGCGGCAUUCAGGUUCUAAAUGGCUUCUAAGAAGUUGGGUACAGAUUUUCAUGGGACUUUCAGUUACCUUGAUGAUGUCCCAUUUAAGAUAGGAGACAAAUUCAAAACACCAGCGAAAGUGGGUCUGCCUAUUGGCUUCACCUUGCCUGACUGCUUACAGGUUGUCAGAGAGAUGCAGUAUGACUUCUCCUUGGAAAAGAAAACCAUUGAGUGGGCUGAAGAUAUUAAACUAAUCCAAGAAGCUCAGCGAGAAGCAGAGCGGAAGGCCGAGGAAGCAGAAGCUAAAGUGAAUUCUAAGAGUGGUCCAGAGGGUGACAGCAAAGUGAGCUUCUCCAAGACUCACAAUACAGCCACAAUGCCGCCUCCUAUUAACCCCAUCCUUGCCAGCUUACAGCACAACAGUAUCCUCACUCCAACUCGGGUCAGCAGUAGUGCCACAAAGCAGAAAGUUCUCAGCCCACCCCACACAAAGGCAGAUUUCAAUCCUGCGGACUUUGAGUGUGAAGAGGACCCAUUUGAUAAUCUGGAGUUAAAAACCAUUGAUGAGAAGGAAGAGCUGAGAAACAUUCUGGUAGGAACCACUGGACCCAUAAUGGCUCAGUUACUGGACAGUAACACACCCAGGGGAAGCUCGGGGUCCGUGUUACAGGAUGAGGAGGUCUUGGCAUCCUUGGAGCAGGCAACUUUAGAUUUCAAGCCUCUUCAUAAACCCAAUGGCUUUAUAACCUUACCACAGUUGGGCAACUGUGAAAAGAUGUCGCUGUCUUCCAAAGUGUCCCUCCCCCCUAUUCCUACAGUAAGCAAUAUCAAAUCUCUGUCCUUCCCCAAACUUGACUCUGAUGACAGCAAUCAGAAGACAGUCAAGCUUUCGAGCACUUUGCAUAGCACAUCCUGCCUCCGAAGUGGCGCAUCCCGGAAUUUCCUAAAGCCUUCCACCCAAAGCAGUGCCAGUGAGCUCAAUGGGGACCAUACUCUUGGGCUUUCAGCUUUGAACUUGAACAGUGGCACAGAGGUGCCAACACUGACAUCCUCCCAGAUGCCUUCCCUGUCUAUCUUGUCUGUGUGUGCAGAAGAAUCGUCACCUCCAAAUACAUGUCCCACAGUAACCCCUCUAAAUUUCUCAGUGUCACAAGUGCCCAACAUGGCCAGCUGUCCCCAGGCCUAUUUGGAACUGCAGGCACUGUCUCCGAGUGAGCGGCAAUGUGUAGAGACAGUAGUCAACAUGGGCUACUCAUAUGAUUGUGUCCUGAGAGCCAUGAAGAAGAAAGGAGAGAAUAUUGAGCAGAUUCUUGACUAUCUCUUUGCACACGGACAGCUCUGUGAGAAGGGUUUUGACCCUCUCUUAGUGGAAGAGGCUCUGGAAAUGCACCAGUGUUCAGAGGAAAAGAUGAUGGAGUUUCUUCAGUUAAUGAGCAAAUUUAAGGAAAUGGGCUUUGAACUGAAAGACAUUAAGGAAGUUUUGCUAUUACACAACAAUGACCAGGACAAUGCUCUGGAAGACCUCAUGGCCCGGGCUGGAGCCAGCUGAGACCAGGCCCUGCCACGGCCCUGCCAUGACACCACCACUCCCCAAGGAGGCCCUGCACAGCUCACUUGUGGGGAAGAUGGGACAUGCUUCCAGAUUUUCUUUGGGGGUUAGAAGGUCAGAUGUGGAGGUGAUACUUGCUAGUCUGUGAGCCCGGCCUAAGCUGGGGGAAGAAGGAAGAUAUGCCUUCUACUGGUUCCUUCAAUAUUAAACAUAUCUGUAUUUUGAGAAGUGUCCUUCCCACUUUGGCCUUUCAGAAAGAAUACUUGGUUCUUUCUGGGGUCUCUUAUGUUCUCAGCCAAAACCUGGCCUGGCUACCAAGAAGAGUGGGAAGACAGGAGGAGCAGACUGCUGCUGCUUUGGGGGCUAGCUUUCCUCUCUGCUGCACCACUGGCAGACUGGGCUCUAAUCCAAGUGGAAUACAACUGAGAGGUUCUUCUGGGGCCCACCUUCCCCCACAGCCCUUAGUGUUACACUGGUUCUGGAAUGUCUCUGCGGUACAAAGAUGCACUUUUCCUCAUGGGGCAAAGUCUGCCUCUUCUGCCAGGCAGUUCCCAUGUGCCCCCAUUCAGACUGUUUCUUUUGGCUUAGACCAUAAUCCUCUGCUGCCCAGGGCAUUGGAGCAUCUGUGCUAGGAAGCUGUCAGUUUGAGUAAUCAUUGGCCCCUUCCCAGCACAUUGGUGAGAAAACAAGCCACGACUUGUCACUCAGCACUAACCCCCAGUUCUUGAACAGCCUCUUCCAGCCCUGCUUUAGAAUGACACAAUGAAUAACACCUAGGCAUAGAAACCAGUCUCUUUGGUUUGUUUGUAUUAUGUUCUACAACAUUAAAGAUCUAAAUACAAGGGAUAUAAUACAGUCUUGAAUCUAAAAUUUGCUAACUAUUUUGAUUCUUCAGAGAACUACUAAUAAAAAUCUAAAAGGUA